AUGGAACAACGUAAUAUUGAACAGCGGUACGCGAUUAAAUUUUGCGUUAAACUCAGCGAUUCCAUUAUGGAAACGUACGAUAAAUUGGUUAAAGUGUUCGGUGAUGAAGCCCUGAGUCGUACUCAGGUGUUUCGAUGGCAUACAAAUUUUAAAAAUGGUCGUGAAAGCGUCGGGGAUGAACCACGAAGUGGGAGACCGGUUGAAGCUUGAACUGACAACAAUGUUCAGCGUGUGUGCACUCUCGUGCAUCAAGAUCGGCGUUUAACCAUUCGACUGUUGGCUGAUGAACUUAAUUUGAAACGAGAAACCGUCAGAAAAAUUUUAACUGAUGAUUUGUCCAUGAAAAAGCUGUGUGCAAAGAUGGUACCGAAGAACCUUUCGGUGGAGCAAAAACACGAACGAAUGUCCAUUUCACAGGAUUGUCUGGAACAGGUUGAAGCUGAUCCAACUCUUCUCGAUCGCGUAAUUACUGGUGAUGAAAGUUGGUAUUUUCAGUACAAUCCCGAAACAAAACGACAAAGUCAACAGUGGCUGUCUCCUGGUACAGCCAGACCGAAGAAGGCGAGAAUGAGCAAAUCAAAAGUGAAAACGAUGAUGAUUUGUUUCUUUGACAGCAAAGGGAUCGUGCACAAAGAGUUUGUACCACCUGGGUAG